UUGAUACUUCGGACUUCGGAGUCAACAUUCGUUAACAUAGUAUAGUUAACAUAAUUCAUAUUCUCGAUUCCAGUACUCAUCCAUUUGCUUUCAUGGCUGUUAUGGUGUUUUGACUGUUUUCUUGUUCAUUAUCUCAAUGAAUUUAAUUGAUAUUGUUAUCAAUGUUAUCACCUACUAUUACUGUUGCGCUUAGACCAUAUUGUAUAUUUGUAUAAUAUGAUCUAAGCUGUUACGGAACUUCGACAAAUACUACUAUAGAAUGAUACUAUUACUGAGUAACUGAGUACUGGAAGUGUUUUGAACGUUAAAUGUUAAAUUAAAUUUCUGUUAAAUCAAAUACUCACAUUGUUUGCGUUAUUAAAUAAUAUCUUAAAUUUUUACUUAGUAUGAGUAGUAUUGUUUUUUGAUCCUUAUAAUUUAUGCCAAAAUAAGAUUAAUGAUGAUUGUUGAUUGAAUGUUUACGUAUUACUCCAGCAAUGGAUAACAAUACUUUUGAUGUCAAUCUUGAAGUCGACUACGACCAAGGAUCGGUUAAAAAUUUCGCGUCAACAAAUAAAAUCAGAGAUGAUUCUGUCGUAACAUGUGGUAAAUGCAAAAAACAAAUGUUAUAUCAGGAGUAUAAUUUUAAACAUCGUCAGAUUCAUUAUGACCUCUGUUGGAUUAUGGGCGUUGAAGAUGAAAUUGAUUUCACAGAUACGUCAAAAGUUCAAGCAAUAUUAAAGAAAUCUAAAAUUAAGUCAAAAUUUAUAUGUGAAUGGUGUGAUGCUGUUAAAAUGACUAUUUCUGGAUUUGCCAACCAUCUAAAUAAAUGUAAACAUAUUACUGUUUUGAAUAAAAAUAAUAAAGUUUUGAACAAGACUAAUGUUGGUCUUAGCACAUCAUCUAUUACUCAUGAUAAUGGCCCUGAGGUAUCAUGUGGUCGUUGCAGAGAUAGUAUGACAUAUGAAGAAUACAAAAAUAAACAUAGACAUACUCACUAUAAUUUAUGUUGGUUAGAAGGAGAAGAAAAAAUAGACUUUUUAAAUGAGAACAAAUUAGUUGAAUUACUCCAUGAAAUUUUUCCAAACUCUACUGCUAAAAAAAAGUUUGUAUGUGAAUGGUGCAAAGAUAUAAGAAGAGGUGUGGUAGACUUUGCUUCUCAUGUAAAAAAAUGUACCAUUGAACAAAUGCUUGUACAUCCCCGGGUUUUAGAUGAAGAAAAAUUAAAAAAUAAAAACAAUUCCACGAUAAUUUGUGGUUGUUGUAAUAAAAGCAUGAAAUUUGAGGAGUAUGAAGACACACAUAGUGCAACUCAUAACAAUCUAUGCUGGAUAAUUGGUGAUGAAAAACCAGAUUUUGAUGAUGAGAAUGUUGUACAACAAUUACUACGAAAAAAAUUACCAAAAAAUGCUGCACGCCAAAAAAAAGUUAAAUUCAUUUGUGAAUGGUGUCAAAUAGAAAAAAAAAGUGUACCUGGUUUUGCUAGUCAUGUUAAAAGAUGUGAAUCUAGACCGGAUAAACUGGAACUUUUAAACGAAACAGAAAAUGAAAAUGAUAUAACUAAAAAAUCUGGUAAAGAAAUUACAAAAGAAAGUGACGAUUCAAUAGUAACUUGUGGCCGCUGUAAAGAAAAAAUGACUCUUUAUGAAUAUCGUACUAAUCACUAUUCUAAACAUUUUAAUUUAUGUUGGAUUGAUGGUGAAGAAAAACUUGAUUUAGAAAACUAUGAUACUGUUUUGAAUAAAUUGAAACAAUUCAUACCUUUUAGUGCUGUUCGUAAACGCUCAGUUAAGUUGUGUUGUGAAGAUUGUAAAACUAUUAAAAAAAGUAUUUCCGGAUUUGCCAGCCAUGUAAUAUUUUGCAAUAAAGCUCCUAGUGACAUAACACAAUUAUUAAUAAGAUGUGAAGACUGUGGAAAUAAAGUUAAACCAUCAUCAUUAAUAACUCACAAACAGAAAAAUUGUAGAGGUGUGAACAACAUAGAAAAUGGUAAUGACUUCAACAUAAAUGAAAAUUCUAAAAGAGAUUACAAAUUGCGGCGUAAAAGAAGACCCCCAAAUGUGUUAAGUUUUCAUCCAGAUACUAAAUAUAUUACUGAAUAUUAUGACUUUAUGUGUCGUUUGUGUGAUUUUAUUACGAUUAGUGUCAAUGAUAUUGUGGAUCAUAUUUUGAAGGUUCAUGAUAUUGUUUUAAAUAAUAAAAAAAAAGAUAAUUUAGACAAUUAUACAAUUAAUAAAUAUCAAGUGCACAGAAAUAUAUACUUAAAGCCUUUAUUAAACUAUUAUAAUUUUUUCACAAAAACAUUUUGGAAAGAUGUUUGUCACAAAGACUUUAAAUCUGAUGCUUUGCUCUUAACAAAUGAUGAAGCAUUGAAGUAUAUACCAUCUAUUCAACAAUCUUGCAAAAUAUUAAAUUCAAAUGAUGAACAUAUAUGUGUUGAUCUUUUCAAGUCUGUUUAUGUUAACGGUAUGCAUUGGCUGUUUACUGGUGGACCUAAUUGGGCUAUGUCAUGGUGUCCUCUUCCAAAGGAAGUACAAACACAGUAUUUGGCAAUAUCAUGUCAUCCUAAACCAGAUCUAGAACAUAAAGAGAUGGAUGUUUACAAAUAUCCAUCUCUUGUGCAGUUAUGGAAAUUUGAUUCAUUGAAUAAUGUUAUUAAUAAAUCCACUUCUUUUACACCACAUAUGUCCUAUGGUAUAGCUCAUGAGUAUGGUGCUGUAUGGGAUAUGGCAUGGUGUCCUUCUGGAGCUUAUGAACCCCCCCAAAAAAUAGGAUUGUUGGCAUUAAGUACAUCUUGUGGAGAUUGUCCUGUAUUUGCUAUGCCUUUUGUUGAUGAAAACUCAGAAAUGUUAUCUAUUUACUUGGCCAAGCAUAUAGUAGCAAGAAAUUUUGAAUGUGAAUGGAUUGAAGGCGGUGUACAAUGCACAAAAGUUUGUUGGCAAGCAGUUUCACCAUUCAAAACUCUUAUUUGUGGAUAUUCAAAUGGUGUUGUGAGUGUGUUCCAUAUAAAUUUUAAAUCAAUAUUUUUAAAUAAUGAUAUACUUUAUCCAAGUCAUACUUUUAUAGCAAGUAAAAGUAGUAUAACAGGUCUAUCCAUGAAUUAUUUUAAUACUUCAAUUUUGGCUACUUCAGCAACUGAUGGAAAUGUUACUUUAUGGGAUUUAAAGUCUACUGAAAACUCAAUAUUUCAAAAGAAAUCUUAUUGUCCAUCUGACUGUACUUGGCUUCAACAGUGUUACACAUUGGUAUAUUGUAGUAAAGUUGUAAACCCUGUAUUCUCAAAAGUGCGGACUAUUAAUUUUUCAAACUGUGAUGAUGAUGUUGAAGGUUAUAAUCCCGAGUUAUAUGUUUUAAAAAGUGUAAUUAAUAGAAAUCAAAUACUCGAUAACUGUGAUCUUGUAAAGAAUGACGAAAAAAUAAAUUCUAAUGAUACUAAUGAAAAAAAAGCUCUUAAUGAAUCCAAUUUAAGUAGUGAUGAUGAAUCAUAUAAAUCUGUUGAUUCAAGUACAUACAGUGAUCAAGAUAAAUCAAAUAAUGCAGGAAAAUCUGGAGAUAUACCAAAAAAUACAGACGAAGAAGAUUUUUACGGUCCUGGUUUUUAUCAAAAGAGUACUCAUUGGUCUGUUUCUACUUCAGAUUGGAUGAAUGUUAUAGCAACUGGAAAUGAAAAUGGAGUUAUUUAUGAAAAAUUGUUUCUUUCAGAAACUAAUAGUAUAAAAAAGGGAAACUCUACAAUACUUCAAUUAAUGGUAAGACAAUUAUCUAAUGAUAAUACUCAAUCAGAGUAUUCUAAUGGUUAUCGUUUUAAAGAAACAAUUGAAAAAUUUGGACUUGAAUCUAAACUUUUUCUUUCUGAUGAAAAUGUACCGAACAAUCAAGAUGAUAGCAAACCUUUGUUAAGAUACCCUCUUGACAAUAUAACCAAGGUAUCUUGGAACCAAAAUUUUAAUUCUUUUCGUUGGUUGGCGAUUGGAACUCAAAGUGGUUUUACUCUUGUAUCACCAUCUCAAGCAAUACCCAAUAGUUGUAUUGAUUCAUUUUAUAAAAUAGUUUUAACUCCUGUUAACGACUGAUGAUAUGACUGAUAUUUCUAUGUAACUUUUUUAGCUAAAUUUUAAUUUUUAUGAUUUAUUAUUAAAAAGAAAUACCAU